UGGCUGGCCCCGGGCAGGAGCCGGGGCGGCGGCGGCGGCCGAGAGGACCGCGGCGAGGGAAGCGCAUCCAGCGUCCCCGGCGGCGGAGGCGGCGGCGGGGGCCCGGGUCCCCGCGCCCGGGCGGCCGGCGGGCGCUGGCGGCGCGAUGGAGCCGCAGCACGUGCGCCCCGCGCCCGGCGCCCGCAGCCCGGCCUGGGAGGAACCGGAAUCGGAGAGGAUGGCCGGAGCCGGCGGCCAGCACCACCCUCCGGGAGCCGCGGGAGGAGCGGCCGCCGGGGCCGGCGCCGCGGUCGCCCCCGCCGGUGCCUCGGCGGGGCCCGGAGACGAUUCUUCCGACAGCGAAGCGGAGCAAGAGGGACCCCAGAAACUGAUCCGCAAAGUGUCCACGUCGGGGCAGAUCCGGACCAAGACCAGUAUUAAGGAGGGACAACUAUUGAAGCAAACCAGUUCUUUCCAGAGGUGGAAAAAGCGUUACUUCAAACUUCGAGGCCGUACACUUUAUUAUGCAAAGGACUCAAAGUCUCUGAUAUUUGAUGAAGUCGACCUCUCAGAUGCCAGUGUAGCUGAAGCAAGCACGAAGAAUGCUAACAACAGUUUCACGAUAAUCACUCCAUUCAGAAGACUAAUGCUGUGCGCUGAGAACAGGAAGGAGAUGGAGGAUUGGAUGAGCUCACUGAAGUCUGUACAGACCAGAGAACCUUACGAGGUGGCCCAGUUUAACGUGGAACAUUUCUCAGGGAUGCAUAACUGGUACGCUUGCUCCCAUGCCCGACCCACUUUCUGUAACGUGUGCAGAGAGAGUCUUUCUGGAGUCACCUCCCAUGGCCUGUCCUGCGAAGUGUGUAAAUUCAAGGCUCACAAAAGAUGUGCAGUGAGGGCAACAAAUAAUUGCAAAUGGACGACUCUGGCCUCCAUUGGGAAGGACAUCAUAGAGGACGAAGAUGGAGUAGCUAUGCCUCACCAGUGGCUCGAGGGUAACUUGCCCGUGAGUGCCAAAUGUGCUGUCUGUGACAAAACAUGCGGGAGUGUUCUGCGUCUACAAGAUUGGAAAUGCCUUUGGUGUAAGACAAUGGUACACACCGCCUGUAAAGAUUUAUACCAUCCUGUGUGUCCCCUUGGCCAAUGUAAAGUGUCUGUCAUACCUCCAAUUGCACUGAACAGCACUGAUUCUGAUGGUUUCUGUAGAGCGACAUUUUCAUUCUGUGUUAGUCCUCUGUUGGUUUUUGUCAAUUCUAAGAGUGGAGAUAAUCAGGGAGUAAAGUUUCUUCGUCGAUUUAAACAGUUGCUAAAUCCGGCUCAGGUGUUUGAUUUAAUGAACGGAGGUCCUCAUUUAGGUUUAAGAUUAUUCCAGAAGUUUGACAACUUCCGAAUUCUUGUUUGUGGAGGAGAUGGAAGUGUAGGUUGGGUUUUGUCAGAAAUUGAUAAGCUCAACUUGAAUAAACAGUGUCAGCUGGGAGUACUGCCUUUGGGUACAGGAAAUGACCUUGCCCGGGUUCUAGGCUGGGGAGGUUCAUACGAUGACGACACCCAACUUCCUCAGAUACUAGAGAAGCUGGAGCGAGCCAGUACCAAAAUGCUAGACAGGUGGAGUAUAAUGACCUAUGAACUCAAAUUGCCACCAAAGGCUUCUCUACUCCCAGAACCUCCAGAAGCAUCUGAAGAAUUUUAUAUGACAAUUUAUGAGGACUCAGUUGCAGCUCAUCUUACAAAAAUCCUUAAUUCUGAUGAACAUGCCGUGGUCAUAUCGUCUGCGAAGAUACUAUGUGAAACUGUAAAGGACUUUGUUGCCAAAGUGGAGAAGGCAUAUGAGAAAACAUUGGAAAAUGCUGUUGCAGCCGAUGCUGUGGCCAAUAAAUGUUCAGUCCUAAAUGAAAAGCUCGAACAACUGCUUCAAGCUUUGCACACAGAUUCCCAGGCUGCCCCUGUUCUCCCCGGCGUCAGCUCUCUCAUUGUAGAAGAAGAUACUGUGGAAUCUUCCAGCGAAGAAUCUUUGUGUGAAAACAAAGAACAACUCACCGAUGACCCUGUGAAACCUUCCUCCCAGAGAGCUGUCAAACCAAAUGAAAUAAUGUUGCGGGCAAACAGUUUAAAGAAAGCAGUGAGGCAAGUCAUUGAAGAAGCCGGCAAAGUUCUGGAUGACCAGAGUGUUCACCCUUGUGAACCAGUUAACCAAUCAUUCGAUAAUGAUAGUACAGAAACAGAUGAAUCUAAAGAAGAAUCUAAAGAUGACAGUGCAAAAGACCCAUCAAGUGUUAAAACUGCACCUGCACCUCGGUCUCCAGAUGGCCGGGCAAGUCGUUCCCAAACUGACUCUGGCCCUGGUCCAGCUGUGGCAACCAGCAAAGAAAACCUCCCUGUGCUCAACACCAGAAUAAUCUGCCCAGGUUUAAGAGCAGGAUUAGCUGCCUCAAUUGCUGGGAGUUCUAUUAUCAACAAAAUGUUACUAGCAAAUAUUGAUCCUUUUGGUGCAACGCCUUUUAUUGACCCAGAUCCAGAUUCCGUAGAUGGAUAUUCAGAAAAAUGUGUCAUGAACAAUUACUUUGGGAUUGGAUUAGACGCAAAAAUUUCAUUAGAAUUUAAUAAUAAGAGAGAGGAGCACCCUGAAAAAUGCAGGAGCCGAACUAAAAAUUUGAUGUGGUAUGGAGUCCUUGGAACCCGGGAGUUAUUACAGAGGUCGUACAAGAAUUUAGAACAGAGGGUUCAACUUGAGUGUGAUGGGCAGUAUAUUCCUCUCCCCAGUCUGCAAGGAAUAGCAGUAUUGAACAUUCCCAGCUAUGCCGGAGGCACUAACUUUUGGGGUGGAACUAAAGAAGAUGAUAUAUUUGCUGCACCAUCAUUUGAUGACAAGAUCCUGGAAGUCGUUGCAAUAUUUGAUAGCAUGCAAAUGGCAGUUUCAAGGGUCAUUAAACUGCAGCAUCACCGAAUAGCCCAGUGCCGCACAGUAAAGAUCACUAUAUUUGGUGAUGAGGGAGUCCCCGUGCAGGUAGAUGGCGAAGCUUGGGUGCAGCCGCCAGGGAUCAUCAAAAUUGUGCACAAAAACAGAGCUCAGAUGCUAACAAGGGACAGGGCUUUUGAAAGCACUCUAAAAUCUUGGGAAGAUAAACAGAAGGGAGAUUCCGGUAAACCAGUUCUCCGAACCCAUUUGUACAUCCAGCAUGCCGUUGACUUGGCCACGGAGGAGGUGUCCCAGAUGCAGCUGUGCUCCCAGGCGGCGGAGGAGCUCAUCACCAGGAUCUGUGAUGCAGCCACGAUCCAUUGUCUUUUGGAGCAAGAACUGGCUCACGCUGUGAACGCAUGCUCCCACGCACUGAAUAAAGCCAACCCGCGGUUCCCAGAGAGUCUUACGAGGGACACUGCCACUGAAAUCGCCGUCAAUGUGAAGGCACUGUAUAAUGAGACAGAAUCUUUACUAGUCGGCAGGGUUCCUUUGCACUUAGAAUCCCCACAUGAAGAGCGAGUAUCUAAUGCCUUACAUUCUGUGGAGGUGGAGUUGCAGAAAUUAACAGAGAUUCCUUGGCUUUAUUAUAUCUUACACCCAAACGAAGAUGAGGAGCCCCCCAUGGAUUGCACCAAGAGAAACAGCAGAAGCACAGUAUUUCGUAUAGUUCCGAAAUUUAAAAAGGAAAAGGUUCAGAAACAGAAGACAAGUCCACAGCCUGCAUAACGGGAUAACUUGGAACACCUGGCAUCCCCUUCCCCUAAAGAUGUUGAAAUUAUAAGAGGUUGUGAGCUGCAUGAUACAGAGAAAAGACCAAAGCAGAACUCGUUUGCAGAGGAUUUUGAUCGGUCUUAAUGACACAGCCUAGUUUUCAUGAAGACGGGUCUCUGAACAAGGAUUUCAUAAUGAUUUGGUAGAGGGACAGGAAGAAAGUAUUGUUCUGGGUAUUUGCAUCUCACAAUGACUGAUAUACAGAUGACCCUAGUAUAAUUAACAUUAAUUAUAAAUUUCGUUAGAACCUACCCUGUUUACAAGUCUGUUGUGCAGCAAUUUUUUAAAUAUACAUAAUGAUAAAUGAAUUGCAAACUUGGACAGUUCUUUUGUUUCCUCUCCUUUUUUUUUUUUUACUUGAAAAGCUUUCAAAAAGCUUUUGAGAGAUGACAUAGUUUUCACAGCAACAUGAUAUGACUGCCUGCUUCUGCCAAGAAACCCCUGAACUGAAACAUGGAACAAAAUAAGUGCUUAACCCCAAUCCCGGUUUUGGAAUGUGUGAGCAAAAGCGUUACAUAUAUCAAAGUUUUCUCAGUAUUUAUGCAGUUGCGUAUUUCAUUUUUUGUCCAUCUAAAAGUUGAAUUGGUAUUUUCUGUUCUAUUUCUAAUUACAUGCGGUAAAGCCAUAAUUCCAUUGCCGUGGUUCAGCCCUCUACCAAUACAGACCUUCAGGAUUUUUCUCUCCUGUGCUUUGCCAUAGGUUUUGAGCAACCGAUUUUCCUACAUACCUUCUUUCUUACCUCUAGUUCGUCUUCCACAUGGUUGAUGGAGUGGUCUUUCUGAAAUACACAUUUGCUCUGUCAUUCCUUUGGUAAAUUUCUUACAUAGGUUCUCCAUUUUUUAGAGCGUAGCAACAUUAGGUUGUGAUAGAUAAGGGUCUCUAUGGCUUUGCCUCUUCCCACUUGUUUUAGCAUCCUCAGCCACCGAUUCCUUUUUUGUAAUUCAUUGUCUUAGCAUAAUCACUUGGCCAUAGAUCAACUCAUUCAAAACUCAGUUCAGAUUUAACUUUCAGUGAAGCUCUACGCGACUUCCCCAGCCAAGGUUAAGUAUUUCAUUCAUGUUCCGUAGCAUCUUGAAACUUUCUCUGUAAAAAUAACAUCACAUUUCAAUAAUUUUACAUGUGUGUGCGUGCGUGUGUGCGUGUGUGUGUGCUUGCCUUCCCCACCCUACCAAAUUUCUCUAUCUUUGUAGUCUCAAUGUGGAGCUACCAUAUAAUAAGACUUCAAUAAAUGCUUUUGAAAGAAUGAAGGUCCUAUGGAACCCAGACUUCUCUUUAAUUUUAUACUUUCACAAAUAUGAGCUUAGAGUUCCCUGAGCCACAUGGGGGGGGGGGGUGUUCACGAGCAGGUGAGCAUGUAUGCACUGGGCAUGAGUGCCAACAGGAGAUAAACCUCAAGGAAGAGAGAUUGUUUUGAAAAGGAUAAUCAUUUGUUAGUUUUUCCUCAGAAAUAUUUACCAAAUCUGAAUUCUUGUUUCUAAAAACGAGGCUUACAAAAUUUUCAAAUCGCUGUCAAAUUCUUGUUUGUAGUUCAUGAAUAUGCCCUAAAGACCACCUUGCACUUUUGAGGACACAUUCAGAUUGUAUAUAUACAAUCUAUAUAAACACAUGCGUUGAUCACCUAGACAAAAUAAUGAGAUUUGAGAAAGAAUGAAUGAAAACCAAUAAUGAAGGUGAAAUUUUCUCAAAAGUAAUAGCCAGCCAGAGAUCCAGACUGAAUUGGUGUGAUGUCAGGUCACUUGUAGCUAAGGAUUAUUUCACUUUUCAUGAUGCAAAUGUAGGAUGGCUUGUUUGCCUGUCGCCCCUCACCCCUUUAGAACAUAAAGACUAAAAUCUAUUACCUAAGGGUUUGUUCUGUUCUUUUCUGAUUCCAUAAAACCCUUCAACCACAUCCCCAAAUCAUGAUAAAGAUCGACACAAAAAGUUCUUUAUCGUUAAUAAUUUCUAACAUUAAAUAGUAAUAAAAAAUGCAUGUAAUUAAAUUAAAUGCCCUCUUCCUUUGCUCACGUGAGGGACAUUUUUCUCCCUGCUCUGUUCGGGGCACUUGAUUCGAUGCUGGUAAUACAGUGAAAUAGGCUGUCUUCAGAAUUAUUUUCUACAGUUUGGGGGGACAAUUUUUAAACCAAAUGUUUCCGAGGUUAUUUUAGAAUAAUCUCAUUCCACCAAAAAAAAAAAAAAAAAAAAAAACAAAACUCUGUGUUGUAAAGAAUUAAUCCCAUUUUUAUGUCCAGUUUUUGUAAUUUCAGGUCAGCCACAAAUAAUUUUUCACCAUCACCCGUCAAGUAUAUCUUUCCUCAAUCCUGAGAAACCCCAUUUCCACAACCAUAGGUGCUAGGUGUAGUCCACGUGGCUAAUAGAUUUGUAGAACAUGAAUUCAAUUUCGAGUCCAUUUUAGGAAGGCAUAUAUCCUUAUUAAUGCCGUAAGCCAAAAUAUAUGGCUAUAAACCCACAGCAGAAGGAAAAAUUAUAAAGUAAUGCUUUCUGGUAUACUUCAAAGAUUCCAUUUGAAAUUAAUGGAUUGAUAUUUCCACCUCAGUUAUUUUUAAUAGGGAGUAGGGAGUAAUAAUAUUUAACAGGUUGCAUACUUAUCUGAGCAUAUAGUAAAUAUACUACAAGUAUUUGUAUGCCACAAUGCACUGACAUUGAUGAAAAAAGCAGAAAUAGUUGAGUUAUAAAAAAUUAACUUCUCUGAAUAUUUAAUGAUGGUCAGGCAAGAGUUUCCUUUAUGAGAAGGAAAAAAAAACCUUUAUCUUUAUUGUCAGUAAGUAUGGAAAAAACCUUAAUUGUAUGUAUAUUUACAUUUUGAUAGGCAUAGUUUGAAGUCAUUCUUUCCCAUCAGUAUAAAGUAUCAACCAUUUCUUUGUUCUCUAGCAAAAGAAACUUCUUAGUUUGAUACAACUUCCCUCUUUGUUCCAUAUCGUAAAAGGUCCACAAAAGGCCAAGGCUCAGCUGGACACUUAUUUUACCUUCCAAUAAAGAUAAUCAUAAUCUUUUGCCUCCUGUUUAUCAUCAUGUUGAAAACCUAACAGUGUAGCUCCUUCUGUCCCUUACACUGCAAAAGAUAGUUUAAAUCUAGCCUUUGCCAUAUUAUUUAUAGUUUUAAGAAUUUACUACAUUUUGGUAGUCUGUUUUGAAACUUUUACUUGUAUCUGAAAGAUGCAGAUCAUGUCUAUUUAUUACACAAUGGGCUCUGUUUGCUGCAGAAAAGAGUGAAACUUUAACUGCUUAGCACACUUGCCAGUGAAGUAUACCUGACAGAGCAGAGGUUGUAACUUUGGCUCUAAUUACUUUUAAUAAUGGUAAGAAAAUGUGUUUUGUUUGUUUACAUGCUGUUUACAAUGGCAUAAUUUUUUAAAUAUAUACAAUUGAGAUAUUUAUUGCAUACUAUUUUAAAGAUGUUUUAUGUGUUUUCACCUUUGGAAUAUAUUGUUACAGUUACUUAUACAGAUAAUUUGGGUGGCUUUGUUAAUGUAGCUAGUAAUUUUUAUGACUACUAAGUGACCAGUUUUCCGUGCCUUUUAUUGUGGGAUGCAUGAUUAUGUAUUUAUUGUACGGAAGUCACUGAUGUGUGUAUUUUUGUACUUUGCUGAGAGUAAUGGUUGAUCUCGAUGUAUAUGAUGAUGAGAGAUGCCUUUCCCAAAGGGCACUGCCUUGAGAUCGUCCUUCUCAAAAUAAAAAGAAUGCAUUUGAAGAA